AUGCUGCUGACGGCGACGGUAUUCCUGCCGCUGGCCGGCGCCGCCGUGGUCCUCCUGCUGCUGGGGGACAACGCACGGCGAGUGCGCCUGUUUGCCGCCGCCGUGGGCGUGGCCGACUUCCUGCUGGCCAUCCUCGUCUUCGCCCGCUACGACCGCGACGCCGGCGGCUUUCAGCUCGCGGACCGGCUGUCGUCGUGGAUACCGCAGCUCGACAUUCAGUACCACCUCGCCGUUGACGGGCUGAGCGCGCCGCUGGUGCUGCUGACGGGCCUGCUGGGGCUCGCGGCCAUCUACAGCUCGUGGAGCAUCGGCACGCGGCACCGCGAGUACUUCGCGUGGCUGCUGACGCUGCAGACGGCGGUGAUGGGCGUCUUCAUGGCGCAGGACUUUGUCCUCUUCUUCAUCUUCUGGGAGCUGGAGCUCAUCCCCAUGUUCUUCCUCAUCUCCAUCUGGGGAAGCGGGCGCAAAGAGCACUCCGCCAUGAAGUUCCUGCUCUUCACCUUCACCGGCAGCGCCUUCAUGUUCGUGGGGCUGCUGACGGUGUACUUCUCGACGGGCACGUUCGACAUGACGCAGCUCGUCAACAUGGACCUGAACGACCUGCUGCUGCCGAGUCAGCUUGUGUUCGCCCUCUUCUUCAUCGCCUUCGCGGUCAAGCUGCCCGUGUGGCCCGUGCAUACGUGGCUGCCCGACGCCCACACGGACGCGCCGACGGCGGUGAGCGUGAUGCUGGCCGGCGUGCUGCUAAAGAUGGGCGGCUACGGCCUCAUCCGCGUCAACGUCUCCAUGUUCCCCGACGUCACUGCAAGCGCGUCGACGGCCAUCGCGGUGCUCGCCGUGAUCAGCAUCCUGUACGGGGCGUUCGUCACCUUCCGGCAGACCGACCUGAAGCGCCUCGUCGCCAACAGCAGCAUCAGCCACAUGGGGCUUCGUGCUGCUGGGCAUCUCGUCCGUGGGCGCGGCGUCGGAGCACAUCUCGCCUUUGGGACUGACGGGCGCGGCGAUGCAGCUGUUCAGCCACGGCGUGGUCACUGGCCUCCUCUUCGUCAUGGUUGGCGUGGUGUACGACAAGGCGCACACGCGGCACAUCCCGGACCUGGGCGGCUUGGCGGGCGCAUGCCCUUCGCGGCCGUGGCGUUCCUCGUGGCGGGGCUGGCGUCGCUGGGGCUGCCCGCGACGAGCGGUUUCGCCGCCGAGAUCAUGGUCUUCCUUGGCGCGUUCCCCGCCCACGGCGUCCUGACGGGCAUCGCGACGUUCGGCGUGCUGAUGGCCGCGGGAUACGUGCUGUGGACGCUGCAGCGCAGCCUCUUUGGCCCGCCCCGCGAGCGAUGGGCGCACCUGACGGACGUCUCGGUGGUGGAGGCCGUCGCGCCGGCGCUGCUCAUGGUGGCGAUUUUCGCGGUGGGCGUGUACCCCGCGCUGCUCUCGGACGUCUUCUCGACGGGCAUCAAUGACCUGCUGCCGAGGUUUGCGCCAUGA